AUGCAGCAACAGUCUCCCCGAGUUCAGAUACAGCCGCAACAAUCCCCGAGACCCCAGCUGCAGCAACAGCAACAGCAAUCCCCACGCCCACAGUUUCAACAGCACUCUCCACAACCACGUGUUCAGCAGCAGUCUCCACGGCCGCAGUUUCAACAACAACCUUCCCCCCGUCCUCAAUUCCAACAGCAGUCUCCUCUUGUCCAGCUGCAACAGCAGUCACCACUUGUUCCGUCGCAACAGCUGUCGCCUCGACCUCAGGUGCUGCAGCCAUCUCCUCGACCGCAACUGAAGCCGCAGCCAGUGUCACAACAUCAGCAGCAACAUCAGCAGCAACAUCAGCAGCAACAUCAGCAGCAACAUCAGCAGCAACAUCAGCAGCAACAUCAGCAGCAACAUCAGCAGCAACAUCAGCAGCAACAUCAGCAGUCGCAAUACCAGCAGCCGCAGCCGCAUCCUCAACAUCAUCACCAGCAACCACAGCAUCAGCAGGCGCAGCAUCAACAGCUCCAAAAUCCACCGCUGCAGCAUCAGCAACCGCAACACCAGCAGCCACAGCCGCGACAGCAGCAGCCACAGCCGCAACACCAGCAACCGCAGCUCCAACCUCAGCAACCGCCGCUCCAACAGCCGCAAUACCAAGCACAACAAUCCCCCAUCUCCAAACCUCGGACCAUUCCACCUCAACCUCGGCCACCACCUCUGCCGCCGGCGCCUCCUCCAUCACUACCACCAGAAGAGCCACAGCAUCAGUUCAUCAACCCAGCCGAGCUCUUUGUCCAACCGCCACUUCCUACCGCCCCUCGGUCACGGUAUGGUUCCCUGUCGCAAUUUGUCGACCCAAGUGACUUGUCAACCUCGCUUGAAUUACCUCCGAUGCCAUCUAUUACUUCAUCAACUCCUCCACCAGCCGAACCCAAAGCCCCCCAAGUGACUGAGUUCUCGGACCAAAAACCUCCACCGGCUAGUCUGGAACCAAAGACGGAAGAUGUUCCCAUGCAGUUGGAAGAAAGGCAGUCAGAUGUACAGAUUAAGCCUCUGCCUCCGCUGAAGCCCGUCGUCAAGCCAGCCGUGAAGCCAGCUGCGAAGCCGGAGUCUGCAAAGCCUAAGUCUGCAUCGAAAAAGGAAGUGAAGCAACCUGCAGUGGCACCAAAGAAAGAGCCGAAGCAAGCUGCGGUCGCACCAAAACCUGCGGCAGCAACGCCAAUACAACCCCAGCCAACUCCCUCGCCUACGAAGCAUGCCAUCCCGCAAGUGAUGAUACCGGCGCCUUCUCAAGACUUUCGCUCCAGCAGUCCGAAACAAACACCGAAAAAACUGCCGCCUAAGAAACAGCCAACUCAGCAGAUCGCUGAUAAAGUCAUGAAACCGUCGAAACCCCCAGUUGACUACCAGGUCUUGCUACUUUCAUUGGCGGAUGAAUACUUGAACGCUGCGCAUCGUCAUGGAACUAAGACGGCUCUUGUCACCAGCCAGGCCGAUGUUGAGGAGUACUACAAGCUAGUCUCAACGGGGCUUGGGUGUUUGGAGGCAGUUCUGAAGAAUUGGCGGCUACAACCUCGGAAGGAAGCCCUUGUGCGGCUUCGUUAUGCUCGGACAUUGUUCGAGGAAACUGACAAUGACCUCGAGGCUGAAACGGCAUUGAGUAAAGGCAUUGAUCUUUGCGAACGAAACCGAAUGCUAGACUUGAAAUACAGCAUGCAGCAUCUCUUGGCGCGCAUGCUCCAUAAGACCAAUCCCAAGGCUUCCCUGAAGGCGGUCGACGGCAUGAUCCAGGACGUGGAAGCAUAUCGCCAUGCGGCUUGGGAGUACACCUUUCGAUUCCUUCGCGUAACCUUAUCACUAUCUUCUUCAUCACAUCAAGACUCUGUGCAAGCUCUCCAACAUUUGACCAAAAUCUCAGCCAUGGCAAGUCGCAAUGGAGACAAAGCUGUCGCAGCAAUGGCUGCCGUCAUCGAAGCCUUGGCGCACUUGCAGCAAGGUACAGGUUCCGAUGCCAUUGAGCAAGCACAGCGUGCGGUAGCCGUUGCGCGAAGCCAUCAACUGAAUGAUGAGCUUCGGCAUAUUCCACAGCUCGCCACCCUUACCCAGAUGGUUGAUAUCUGUUGCAGUCUGUUGGAAUACGACGUGCCCCAGGCUUCUCAGAAACUCAAGGUCUUGCAAACAUUGGCAGACGAAACCCUUCAUGACCCGAACUGGCAUGCCGAUGGAUCGUUCUCCAUCCCUCUGAAUGGAAAGUCUGCCGGCCCGUCUUCUAUCGACACUGGGGAUAUUCUUCAGGUGCAGAAUGGCACGGUACUUCUUAGCUUCAAUUGGCUUCCACAGCAUGACCUGUAUGCACUCUCAUAUUUCUUGAGCUCAAUCACUCUCAGUGCCAAGAACUCUUAUGAUGGUCGGAAGGCGGAGCAAUUCCUCGAUGAAGGGCUUCGAAUGAUUCAAGGAGGCUUCACAGCCCCACAAGAAAUUUCCGAGUCAAUGGUGAACGCCACGAGACGUGUCGAAUGGCGCCGGUCCCUUUGCUGCAAUUUCCUUCUACAGCGGGUCUUCCUAGCCUGUGCCCGCACCGACUGGGAUCUGGCUACCCAGUCUCUGAAAGAGCUCCGGCAGUUCACCCAAGAGUGCGGUCCCAACCUGCCUAUGUCUAUUGAAUGCUUGAUGGAAUAUUCCGCCGGUACUAUCGCCCAGGCCACUGGUGAUCUAACCCGGGCAUUGAGCAUCUUCCAAUCGCCCUUGCUCCUGCUCUCACCAUCAGCGAGCAAAACAGCACGCAACGACCCAUGCCGGGACACCUGCAUUCUCGCAGCACUCAACACCAUCCUCAUCAUUCGCGACCCCUCUCACCCAUCCCAUUCCCACCUCCCCAUCAUCCAAGCAACCCUCGAACCCUUCUGCCAGAACGGACCAAACAAGUACAUCCAAGCCGCCUAUUAUCUCGUCUGUGCCACCGUACAGACAGAGUCAACCAUCCAGACCAAGCAAUUCCUCCAGCACGCCCUGCAGUCUGCGACUACCAUCAGCAAUUCCCAAAUCACCUGCAUGACCCUCACUUUCAUGAGCUGGAAGUACUUCCGCGGCGUUGUCGGCGAGCAAGCCGAGAAGAGUGUCCGAGCCGGCCGCGCCAUGGCUAAACGAGCCAACGAUCGUCUUUGGGCCAGUGUCACCGAUGAGAUGCUUGCGGAGACCCUCGAGCGACAUGGAAAAGGUGACGAAGCGCGUAGUGUGAGGGAGGAAGGACAACGGUUGAUCACGGGUCUGCCGCCUAGCUUGAAGCGUCCGGCUUGA